AUGAAACCAAAGGCUCCUCUGUCCACAGGUGAAACCGCCAACGUCGUGUACCGGAUCCAAUGUAGUUCCUGUGAAGUGAACUAUGUCGGGAUAACGGGUGAGCGAUUGCAAACCCGUAUGACCGAACACGAAGGAGCGGUGCAAAGACAGAAACAACGCUCCCUAGUGGCACAACAUUGCGCAGCUACAGGGCAUGCGUUCGCUUUUAAAGACGUUGUGGUCCUGGGGCGAGGAAGCGACCAAACAGCUGGGGAAACACUGGAAGCCUGGCACAACACAUCCAAUGCUAUCAACCGCUGUGUGAAGCUGCCGGCAGCCUACCAAGCUUCACGGGUUAAGUACAAGCAACAUGACCAUGGAAAAGAACGCCGAUCAGACGCACCAGCCAACAGCACAAACGAGCGUGCACGACCGUCAGAUGCAGUCGCAAACGGA